AUGACUUCCUUUGUCUGUCGAAACCUGAAGUGCUUUCCGCGCCAAGUGCUCAACUAUUCCACUCGCCAGCUUCUGAGGCAUUCACCAGUUUUACUGUUAAAGAGACCGAAGAGCUCGGAGAGCAACUUAAGUCCGGCUGAAACAGCUGCAAGGACCAAUUGGAAAUGCAGGCAAGAUUUGGCCACAGCAUUUCGAGGCCUCGAUUUUUACGGCAUGGGAGAAGGUGUUUGCACUCAUCUAACGAUGAUUGCGCCAGCCUUGAAUGGAGAUGGCGAUGUCAUGCUCAUGAUACCCCACGGGCUUCACUGGAGUCAGGUUUGUAGCAAUCUUGUUCAUCUUUGUAAAAUGCUAGUUUGUGUUGCAAGGGCUUCGAUAGUAUGAGACACAUGAAGACUGCAGACAUAAGGUAGUUUAUGCAGUGUUAUGAAACGACGGCGACAACACUGAACAGUGACAAAGGUGGCGAAAACAAUAAUAAUGCUACUACAAAGAGUUAAGGCUGCUUUAAUAUAAGAUGAUGCCUGAGCUCCAAGGUAAUUAUUUUUCAUUAAUAAACUAAUUAAAUUAAUAAUUAAUUAAUUAUUUUUAAGAAGGCUGAGGAACGAGGGCAUAAUCCUAUUUUUAGCACCUUUCCGUUGUUUUCGAACUAACGGGUCAUUAUUCGAAUUACUGACCGGCCAUCAACAAAAUCUGGAUCGGAUAAGAUUCUGGAUUGGAUCAGACUAGUAAUUUGCUUAUGACAACAAGUCGUUGCUAUCAUAUCUUUCUUACUUAUUCUUAUUCCCCACAGUUUCUUAAUCAUCUCCUCUGAAAAAGAACCAUUCAAUUCCACUUCACAAGAGAGUAGAGAUGAAAAGAAAUAACACAAAAUUACUGCUUCAAGAUACUUCUCUCUCUGCCAUCUUCAAUACGGGUGAUGUCACAUGACCAUACAUGUUUUUGGUAUUUGUAAUCUUAUGAAGUUAUGCAACAUAAAAUUCCCAAAUGCAUAGCAGUUUAUUUCAAAAUAAUAAUAAUUAUUUGUGAUGAUUUUAGAACCAAUUCACUAUAUUCACUUAAAUCAUAGUGCCAAUAAUACCACAAUACUUCCGCAAUUUUGAAUAACUGUUGUUUUCAAUUUCUCUUGGGAAUACUGUAAUACCCAAGAGAAAUUUGAAACAAUAGUUAUGCAAAAUUUUUGGGGGUGAACAAGGUGCAUUAUGGUUUAUGUGAAAAUAGUGAAUGGUGAGAAACGAUCAUCAUGAGAAAAAAAUGUUUUUAAAUUUGUGACACAGGCAGCUCGGAAGAAGAACUCUGAGUCUCAACAACAAGAGUCUAACCUAUGUUCUACUAGUUUCUUGUCCAGACACAUCUGGACUAGUCAUAGGUUCGACUCUGUUGGGGGAAACUUUUGGAUUUUUUCUUCUGAGCUAUGUCGUUUCUUGAAAAUAAUUCUUCUCCACCAACAGAAAUGCCAGUCCCAUCUGAUCUGCAAUAUGAUCCGAUCCAAGCGGUCCAAUUCGUGUUUUGUUAACGGCGAUAUAUAAUGACCUCCUGUUCCACCUCUGCAGUGACCCGCUCUUCCAUUUAUUGUUAGGGAGGCUAGGUCAUGAGGAUAUUACUGUUUGAGCUCAAUUCUGCACUAAAGUCAUUACCUAGUGCCUUUACCAAUACACAAAUCUCCUUUAGAGAUAGGAAGAAGAUAUUUAAAAACAAAUUUCAUCAGGGAGCACCAACUGUUACCUGUGCGGGGGGUUUUAGCAGAGUAGCAUUCUUUCGGCAAAAGGUGCAAGAAGCGAUUUCAAAGUAUCUCCUCCCCAUUAUUCACACAACUUUGCAGCUCCUCUGCCAAAAUUUUGCUCAUGUAAACCAUCCUGCAGGAUACACAGGCUACUAGAAAAUUUCCAUGCUUUUCUAUUUGCGCAGGCCACCCCAUCCUCUUUGAUUAGUGUAAAUGACAGAGGUGAGCUGGUGGAAGGCCAAGGUGAAGUUCAAAUAGAGGCCACUGCUAUACACAAGGGUGUUCAUGAUGCAAGAAAAGAUGCUGUGUGCGUUUUUCAUCUUCACGCUCCGUACACCACAGCUUUAGGUAUAAACAUUUUUGUCUUUUGAGAGAAAUACAGAAAAUAGCUGAUGACAAUAUAACAAGUCAGUGACAGAUCCUGGAGAUUUUAUUUGGGCUUCGCACAAAUUGACAUUUAUCCUUUUGUUUACUGUUAUAAAAAAAAAAAAAUUAUUGGGUUUCCAAGUCACAAACUGUGCAAAUUUAUCUGAGAUGGAUUGUUGGACGAGUUGUCAUAGAAAUGAAGUAAACAAACUUAAGUAUGAGAGGACCCAAGAGUUGGCCAUAAUGUUUUGGCAGCUUGAAUUGCUUUCUAUCGUGUUGUAAUCAUUACUUCAAAAAAAAUCUUCUAGGACUCACUUUGCAAGUUUUUUAUUCUCUUUUAGAAAGUAGGUUUUGUUAUCCAUUGUGAGAACAUAUAGGACAUUUUUCAUUUUAACAGAUAAUUUUCGACUGACUGGGUUCCUAGUGAAGCGGCAACACUGACUGGUUCUUCGAGCAAAAGGUCUAGAGUUUUAGUCCUAAGUUUUCCCCCUUAUUCUUCUCUCACUGUUUACAUUUCUUUACUAACUGUUAGUAUUAUGACUGUGAUAUAUAAUAUAACUAUUUAAUCAAGCCAAAAUCAUCCACUAUUUUGGUUUUGUUUGAUCCCUAAACCCCUUCCAUUGUAGCCCGAGUUAAGAGCAUCUUGUUUAGGAGAGGGUUUCAGCUUUUUCUCGCUGUAAGAACUAUUUAAAGCUAGUGAUUUACAUCCUUUCUUGUCGUCAUCCAUGGAGAGUCCAAAGGAGUUCUACGUAAGAGGCUUUUUUGUCGUGUACAGUUACACUAAGUAGAUAAUUUUUUUGUGCAGAUUUUGUCAAAAAGAGAGGAGAGGAGGUCGGGACCCACCCACUUGGAUCUGACUCUACAUGUUAAUCGGUUGCUCAGUUCAGGCUAAACAGGCAAUACUAUGUGAACUUGUUUUUUGCUGGCAAAGAAAUAACAGGGUAACCUUUAAGCAAGCGCUCCAUUUGAGAGUCGUGUGAAGUUCAGGGCAACUGUGAACAGUGAUAAGAUUGUUUGAAACAACGAUCCUUGUUUCAAUUGGUUUUCAGGAAUGUUGGAGGAAGAAGUUUUUGACAUGUACCAUCAGACUCACUGCCGUUUCUAUAAUGACUUUGCCUAUGAUUCAAACUUUGAAGGGGCAGCAAAAGACUGUUCAGAGGGUGACCGUUUGGCGAAGCUGAUUGGAGACAAAUCUGUCCUGUUCAUGGCCAACCAUGGAGUACUGUUUACUGGUUCCACUGUGGCUGUUACAUUUGACAACGCGUACUUCAUGGAGAGAGCUUGUAUGCUGCAGGUAAUGUCAAGUUAACAUGCAUUUGCUUACAGCGUGGCUGGUGUUUAAUGAGGAGAAAGGCGGGGGGAGGGGGCGGGGGAGAUUUAGGCGGAGGGCGGCACGCGAAGAAGGAAGAAGGAAGGAAGGAAGAAAGAUUCCCUGGCUUCCAUCUUUCCCGCGCACUUAUCCCGUUCUCGUAAUCUUAAAUUCCCCCGUUACAAAGCCUGCCACUCCAUGCCGUACGUUAAAAACCAUUUUUUCUCUUUGAAGAGGCAGUGAUUAUAGCUUAUCAAACAAAAAACAUGCCCAUCCAAAAAUUCAUCUCCCGAAAAACAUAAGUGUCAUCUCUGUAUACUGUUAUUUUGCAGAUGAUUGCAAUGCAAACUGGAAAGAAACUUCGCAAGUUGCCAGAUGAUGUCAGCAAGUUGACUCACAAGCAAACCAAGGAUGAGUUAAAUUACUAUGCUAACGCUCACUUUGAGGGAGUUAAGGCUGUCUUACUGGAAAAGGAUCCCGAAUUUUUGAUUAAGUAGAUAGUAGAUUAAUUUUUCACGGAUCGUUAUAGCAUUCUCCGAAAGGUAGUGAUUAAGAAGAAAAGAGUUGAAUAGGAGUAGUCCCUUAUUUUUCUUUAUUAUGGAAACACGUGAGCCCGGCCGGGUGAAAAUCACCUCACUCGAGCAAGGUGAGACGCGGUAGGGAGAGAGAACAUUUUUCUCCUUCACUGCUGCUUAUUUUGCCGUAAAGUAAAUUGUCUGAGGAUAAAUAAGCGCAUGAAAAUUAUGCUUUGGCAUACAAAACGUGUGACUCGCAUUGAGUCCAGCUGAAUAUUUAUAAAGAGAUGCUGUCAGUGUUGACACAAAGCUGGUUGUCAAGGUCUUUUGGAACAAAACAAUGUCAUUAUGGUACUUGCUAACAUAAGGGUUUAAUGUUGCCGGUACAAGCGUUAGCCAUUAGUGUUUGCUUAUGUAUUAUCACGUUUCACCCUAUGUUAAAUAAACGGCGAUUUACUUGUAAUCAAGAAUCCUCAAAUCUCCACCUCAGAAAAUCAUUCGAGGGGAACAAAGUUAGCUUGUUUC